AUGAGUGGAAUCGUGACCACCUGUCUGUCGUGCCUGUCGGCGGUCGACCGAUGGUGUCAUAUCACAGCCUGCCUAGGUGGAGGCCGUUCUCGGGAUGGCAUCUACGAAACCACCCUCGCAGAUAAUGAACGAGAAGCAGUCUCUGACUUGCUGGGAUACCUGGAAAACCGUACCGAAACCGAUUUCUUUGCGGGAGAGCCGCUUCAAGCGCUCAGCACCCUCGUCUACUCCGAUAAUGUCGAUUUGCAGCGAAGCGCUAGCUUGACAUUUGCGGAGAUCACCGAGCGAGAUGUGCGCGAAGUCGAUCGGGACACGCUCGAACCAAUUCUGUUCCUGCUCCAGAGUUCCGAUAUUGAGGUUCAACGAGCCGCCAGUGCGGCGUUAGGCAACCUGGCCGUCAAUGGUAUGCACCGCACCCCUGAUCCGCUCCGCGACUUACCGUCCCCGACCGCUGACCUAGCUAUAGCGGAGAACAAAGUCUUGAUUGUCGCCCUCGGAGGGCUGGCCCCUCUGAUCCGCCAGAUGAUGUCGCCGAAUGUCGAGGUACAAUGCAAUGCGGUCGGAUGUAUUACGAACCUGGCAACCCAUGAGGAAAACAAGGCGAAGAUCGCUCGUUCAGGAGCACUGGGCCCCCUAAUCCGCCUCGCUAAAUCGAAGGACAUGCGCGUUCAGCGCAAUGCGACAGGCGCGCUUCUCAACAUGACCCAUUCCGAUGAUAACCGCCAGCAACUUGUCAACGCCGGUGCCAUUCCUGUUCUCGUGCAUCUCCUCUCUUCCCCCGACGUUGAUGUCCAAUAUUACUGCACAACCGCCCUCAGCAACAUUGCCGUUGACUCGACAAAUCGCAAGCGACUCGCCCAAACUGAGUCUCGACUGGUUCAAUCUUUGGUCCACCUGAUGGACUCCUCCACCCCCAAGGUUCAAUGCCAAGCUGCGCUUGCUCUACGUAACCUCGCCUCCGAUGAGAAAUACCAACUGGAGAUCGUUCGUGCCAAAGGUCUUUCUCCGCUCCUCCGUCUCCUCCAAUCUUCCUACCUUCCUCUGAUCCUUUCGGCUGUGGCUUGCAUCCGUAACAUCUCUAUUCAUCCGCUCAACGAGUCCCCUAUUAUUGAAGCCGGCUUCCUAAAGCCUCUGGUCGACCUCUUGGGCUCAACUGAUAACGAGGAGAUUCAAUGCCACGCAAUUUCCACUCUCCGGAAUCUUGCAGCCAGCUCCGAUCGCAACAAGGAACUUGUAUUGCAAGCUGGUGCUGUUCAAAAAUGCAAGGAUCUGGUCCUUCGGGUGCCACUAACCGUCCAAUCUGAAAUGACCGCGGCGAUCGCUGUGCUGGCUCUCAGCGAUGAGCUGAAGCCUCAUCUGCUUAGUCUGGGCGUAUUUGACGUCUUAAUACCCCUGACUAACUCAGAGAGUAUUGAGGUGCAAGGGAACAGUGCCGCAGCUUUGGGGAAUCUAUCUUCUAAGGUCGGCGAUUAUUCCAUCUUUGUCCGUGACUGGGCCGAUCCGAAUGGAGGGAUACACGGUUACCUCCAGCGGUUCCUUGCAAGCGGAGACCCCACAUUCCAGCACAUUGCCAUCUGGACCCUUCUGCAGCUUCUCGAAUCCGAAGACAAGAAGUUGAUCGGAUAUAUCUCCCGGUCUGAGGACGUAGUGCAGAUGGUGAGGACGAUCUCCGACAAGAACAUUGAGUCGGACGCGGAGGACGGGGACGAUGGCGAAGGCGAAGUCAUUGCGCUUGCACGACGAUGCCUGGAAUUACUCGGAGCGGGUCCCAAGCAGACCUUGGUUGAGGCAUAG